AUGUCCUCCUCUUUGGUGAGUCAAGACAAAUCUUAAAUCUUAAAACGCUCAAGAUUUUUAUUUUAUUUUAGCAGAGGCUCUUAUAGCUGAUGUUUAUGAUCAAGUGUUCUCCCAUGCAGGAUCAUCUGAAGACAGAUUGGACAAUCAAGUCACUCCCACAGCAAUGCACAGAGAUGACAAAAGAAAUUGACGAUAAACCUGUCAAGGUAGCUGAACAAUCUACUGAAUUAUACUGCAUCUAGAGAUGAUGUGAAUACUGUGGUAUCGUCCUCAUUCAUUUCACUAUAUCACAGUAUUGCUGUUGCAACUUGCAAUACUAUGGCUAGCUACUAUACUAACUUCCAUCAAGACGUUGUAUUUGAAUGUUUUAACAUAAGUGGGUUAUGUAUUCACACACAUUAGUCAUUUAGUAGACACUCUUGUCAACUUAGUGAGUACAUACACUUUCUUACUUUUUUUCUCAUAUUGGUCCUUUGUGGGAAACAAACCCAUAACCCUGGCAUUACAAGGGCCAUGCUCUACCAACUGUACCACACGGGACUUACUCACAUGAUACAAAAUGUGGUAACCUUUACCUCGUUCUGUGUAGAGUCAGGUAAAGGUUACCAUAUUUUGUACCACAAAUUGAAUUCAAGCGGUAAGAAAAAGUAGUUGCUUGCUAGUGGCCAUGUGUAGAGUAAAUGUCAGAGAGGAUCAGCCAGUUGCUGUUUCAGGCUGAUGUAGACAAUGUGAUACUGUGACUGUCUGGACACAGCCAUUCAGACAGCUGUAGAACCAUGUACAUAUGCUGCUUCCUGUUGCAAAUUGUCCUCUAGCUCCUCAGUAUGCAAAGAUUUCAGAUUUUCACUGUGUCAUAACACAACUCCUCUUCAAAUCAGGUAGUGUAGCCUAUACAUGUAUAAACUGAGUGAGGGGUGUGUUAAUGAUGCUGUUUGGCCUCCAUACAGGAGCUAUGUGGUAUCUUCCCCUGGCUGGUGGAGAGGGUUGUUGGCAGCCUGGAUGGCAGCAUUGUUGGUUGGAGUCUUUCCUCCCUGCAAGCCCACAGCAGUGACUACAGCAAUGUACUGGAGUUCCUACGACCAAGGUGGACCUGUCUGUGAUUUUAGACAUUCCACAACUUGCUAUCGAUAAUAUUAUAUUACUAAUGUGUAUUGCACCUACAGCAGGGCUCUCCAACCCUGUUCCUGGAGAGCUACCCUCCUGUAGGUUUUCGCUCCAACCCCAGUUGUAACUAACCUGAUUCAGUUUAUCAACCAGCUAAUUGUUAGAAUUUGGUGUGCUAGAUUAGGGUUGGAGCAAAAACCUACAGGACGGUAGCUCUCCAGGAACAGGGUUGGAGAGCCCUGACCUACAGUAUACUAAUAAACAUGGGAGUUUUCACCAACAUACAAUAUUUUGCAGUGGCCCAAUGCUGAAACUUGUUUAUAAACUUCAAGCUGAAGAAUACAACUUUGAGAUCCAAGUCGCCAGUUUACCUGUAAGUUUUCUAUAGAGGCGAAAGAAACGCACACCUAUUUAGGCGAGGUGCUGGCUAACGGAGUAAAACACUUAAAAAAGAAAAGGAAAGCCGCACACUAAGUUUUCAACAUACAGUCACAUCCAAAAUUAUUGGUACCAAGCUGUAUUGUAUGCAAAAUUAUAUUAUUUUAUACUAAUACAAUUGCUCAGAGAAAGAGAUUUUGUUUAACAAGUAUUUGUAUUUAUUAUGGAUCCCCAUUAGCUGCUGCCAAGGCAGCAGCUACUCUUCCUGGGGUCCAGCAAAAUUAAGGCAGUUAUACAGUUUUAAAAACAUUCCAAUACAUUCACAGAUUUCACAACACACAAGUAAAAAAAAAGAUAGGUGUUAAAAUUAUUGGCACCCUAAUGAUUCUUAUAAAUAAAAUCAAACAAUUUAAUCUGCAUUAACAUUCUACUGUUUUAAAGAAACUGUUUAACAAACUGUAUUGUGGCCUUUCAUGGCUUCCUGUUUCACUGGGGUGUAAAAAUUUGGUAGCACACAUGUAAAAUCCAUUUGUCAUCCAUCACCAUGGGGAAAGGCAAAGAACUCACAAAUUAAAAGAGAGAAAUGGUUGGUGACGUUCAUAAGUCAGGCAAUAGGUACAAAAAAACUACAGAAAAACCACAUAUAUCACUUACCACUGUUAGGGCAACAAUUACAAAGUUUAAAACCACUGGAACGGUGGUAAACUUGCCUGGUAGAGGACCCAAGUGUAUAUUUUCUCCACGCACAGUGAGGAUGAUGGUUCGGAAGACACAGACUAGUCCAAGGGCCAUAGUUGGAGAAUUACAGAACUUGACCUGAAACUUGGCAAGUUGAUCUUCCAGCAAGACAAUGACCUCAAGCACACAUUCAAAUCCACAAAGAAAUGGUUAAUUGACCAGAAAAUGAGUCUCCCUUGAAAACCUGUGGUUUGAAGUAUCUGGAAAGGAUCUGGAAAGAUUCUCUAUGGAGGAAUGGUCUAAGUGUCACGACUUCCACCGAAGUUGGUGCCUCUCCUUGUGCGGGUGGCUAUCGGCGGUCGUCGUCACCGGCUUUCUAGCUGCCACCGAUCUACGUUUCUGUUUUCCAGGUUGUUUUGUCUUGAUUGUACACACCUGGUUCCCAUCACGUUAUGAUUAUUUCCCUAUUUAACCCUCCGCUUCCCUCAUGGUUUUGUGCGUGAUUGUUCUAUGUUUGGUGUUGUAUACUGCUGUGAGCUGUUUUAUUUCCCUGCGUGGAAAUUAGAUUUGUUGUUUUCAGAGUAAAGUUCGUUAUUUACUCAGUUCUGUGUCCUGUGCCUGACUCCGUCCUACCACUGCACACUGACACCUGACACUAAGAUCCCUCCCAAUGUGUUCUUCAAUCUCAUAAAACAUUAUAGAAAAAGACUAAGUGCUGUCAUCCUCACGAGGGGAGGGUACACAAAGUAUUGAAAACAGGGAUGCCAAUCAUUUGGACACCUAUCUUUAAAAAAUAUAUAUAUAACUCUUUUUUUUGUUGAUGUUUUUAUUACAGUCUUUUUUGCUCAUCUUUAUCAAGGGCGCCAAUCAUUUCGGAUGUGACUGUAAAUGCUAAUGGUACAGUGUUAUUACAGUAUACUUCACAAUGGCAUCGUGUUAGCAAGUAUUACUACACAUUACAAUAUCAGUAGUUAAAUGCCUAUUGGUCUAUAUUCCUGUAUGAAUGUUGAGUUUUUUUCUCUUUCAUUUUAACAGGAUCGUGUGAGAAUUUCCAUCCAGGAGGGAGUCAUUUCAAAUAGCCGGAUUUUCCUCAAUAAAUUACACUCUCAGAAUCAGAGAUUGUCACUCAGUAUCCUUUUUGCUAUGUUUGACGCAAUGACAACUAUUACUAAGUGUUAUUGAACUUUGCCCACUUCAGUUUAGUGUUGUUCUUAACUGUCACCAGAUGCCUUUGAGUACUUCAUGUUUUAUUUUGCAUCAAGUGUCAUUACACAGAGGGUAGGCCUAAGUGUUAUUCCAUUUCAUUUGUUUCAAAUAAAAUUAUUAAUAAAGUCAAUCCAUUGCCAAUGCUAUCUCGUUUUGUAACCUGAGUGUUCUCUGUUUUUAAUUGUUAAAUUAGGAUCACCCUUCAGGGCAUCAAACCUCCAUCUCUAACAGCGUCUACUUUGCCUUGGUGGAUGCAUAUCUCAUACACUUCCUCCCUACAGAAGGAUCCCCUCACUCAGAUGUCAAAGGCACCUUGACCUCACACAUUCCAAGGUGCAGUAUAACUAGUCUAUGCCUUUCACAAUGCAUUAUAAGACCAGCACAUAAUCUAUCAAUGUUGGGCAAAUAUGAAAUAUAAUAUUUGAUAACGCUUGUUUUGAUGGUUCCCAAGGUCCUCUAGGUAUAGUGAAACAAACAAAGGCCUGUUGAAACGCCAGUGCCCUGUUAACGCUGAGACAACCAAUCAGGGGAUCUGGAGAUCAGGGACUAUGCUACAGGUGAUUGAGAAAAAUCUGGGUUGGACAGAGACACUUUUAAUACAGCAAUCUUGGCUUGUCUCGCAAAGGUGCAGUUGCUGAGUCAUUGUAUGGCCUUGUUCAUUGUCCCUGCUUUAGAUAUUUCUGGAGAUAUGGCUGCCACAUUUCCCGUUGGAGACACACCAGAAGCUUAAUGAGGUCUUUCCUAUCUUCCUUCGAUGACUCAUUUUUCAUGACUAACAUGCACUUUUAUUCACAUUGUUAAUCUAAUGGAUUCAGAAUGCUACAUUUGAAUGAUAAGCACUUGUCUGUAAACCUGCAGGUCUCUGUCAUCACAGAGGAGCACAUGCUGGUGGUGAGACUGCUGGUGAAGCACAUGCAUGCCCUCUCUGGAAACACAAAACUAGACCAGACUGAUAUCUUACCUUCUGCCACCUCAGAAACCUAUCUCUCAGAAGAUUUAAAAAGGUGAAUACCCACUUUAGUGUUUUUUACAAUGAUGAUGAUGAUGAUGAUAUUAACAAUAUGUUGUUAUUCAAACCCAGAGUGGUCACAUCAGAAUAUGUACAGAGGUUGUACCUUCUCUUGCUGCACUGCUUCAAACAGUGGCCUAUGGAGACGUCCUUCAGAGCAGUGAGUGCACACUUAAGUUCUACAUUGGAUUUACAUUUGGUCUGUCUUUGGCAUUUGGCCAUGUUAUUGCUUAAUUUGCAGUGUUUCUAGCUGGUUUUGGAAGGUAUGCUACUGUAGGGGUUCUGAAUGUAUGUAUAAGAGAAGUGGUUUUGAAUUAGCCGUUUCUCGAUACAGGUAUUGGAGACGUGGCUUAUUUACAUCCAGCCCUGGAGAUACCAAAAACAUGUCCACAGUGAAAGCAAAGAGAAAUGGUAAGAUAUUUUGAACAUGCUGAAUAGUGUUAUAGUUCAGACACAGCAGUGAGUUGAAAAGGACGUUUGCUAACAUAAAGCUGUCUCUGUCUCUUAGGGCCUCUUUCAUUCAGGAGAAUAUUCUCAUGUACACCAAACUAUUCAGCUGCUUCUUGAAAAGAUUUGCACAUGUUGACCUCGUCAACAUCGACAAUGCAACCAUGGUUUUCAGGAUGGCAAAAGUAUUUGCCCAACCCAAUCUUCCAGAAUUGAUUGAAAAUGGUAACCACAAUUAUUCUUAGUUGAAGGGCACUGUGACUCAAUCACAAUUAACAACAUUAGGCCUCUCAAAAUUUGUUUUCAAAUUUGUUUUCUCCAUAAAUGUUGUUUACAGGAGAAAGACUGUUAUUGCAUCAGGGUCCCCUCUUCCCACCCACUCUGAUGGCAUCUCAGGUGCAGCCCACUGAAAUAGCUGCUCUGCCCCUGCCCAAGACUCACAUCAAUAACAAGAACCUACAGAUGUUUGGGGUAGAAAUGCGAGCUGAGGUAAGUCCCAUGAAGAACAAGUGAAUGACAGGAAAUACCAUUUGACUGAGGGUGCUGCAAUCUACCAAAUAUAGAGAGUGGUCACAAAUGCUUUCCUAUAUUCUGAACAUUGUAGGUGCUGAAACUGGUCCAGAGACUAAUGCAGGCCCAACAGACUGCAAAAACAAUGUUGGAUCAGCCAGGCAAUGUAUCAGUUGGUCAGUUUCUCUGUUCCUGGAUGAGGUUGAUUCCUAAAACCAACUCAGAAAGUGGGAGGAAUGACAUGACCAAGUCUGACAUGAAGACCGUGGAGCUACUAAAGAAAGCUGUGGAACACCUCAAUCAUGUUUUCAACGUGAGAAGAUUAUAUGACAUUGGUUAUUAUUAUCAAGAAGUAGUAACCAAUGUUAAAGUGAUGUCUCACAUCAGUUUUGGUGUUUUGUAGCUCAACACAGGUCAUCUAUCUCAGAUGAUGAUGAACAUGGGGUCAGUGGAGGAAUCCAAACAGCUCCCUGACUGUAUUCAGAGUGAAACCGGGCUGAUCCUGACAGACCUUGGCAGAAUGCAGGUGAGAAUAACUACUAAAAUAAAAAUGAAUGAUGUGCAUAUGGUGCAAUACGUAAUUGUAAAUUGUAAUUGUGUUCUAUUGCAGAUUAUCAAUGGCCUUCGCAGAUUUGAUAUUGAGUAUCAAGGGGACCCACAGCUGCAGCCUGUGAGAAGCUAUGAAAAUGCAGUCUUGGUGCAGCUUAUGUUUUGGAUCGCCACACUAAUCAAUAACAGAGUAAGUAGGUGGAUCUUACCAGGGGCGUCAUGCACCCCAAAAAUCUGAGGGGGCACAAAGUACGUGAGGAUGGCUGGGGGGUGGAAGUUGGAGAAUUUGGUAUUUUUCAAACACCUGAAACAUAUUUUUCCUGCUAUCUAGAGCCAUAAUCAUCAUGCUUAAUUAUAUAGCAUAUCUAAGCAUACCUCUUAAGCAUACCUCUGCUAAAAUCUGGGUAAAAGAUUGAAAGGAAUGUGAGUCUUAUUCAGUACAUUUAGUAAUUGCUUGCUUUUCUAAAGUGUACCAACCUUGCCAGCAGUCAUGCCAACUAAAAUAGUUAGACAAGCUAGCUACUCUAACUUGAUUGAUAUCCUGAAAUGGCUUAUUGGUAGCUAGUUAUGAGGUUGGGAGAUUGGGAACCUAUCUGCUACUUAUCCAACUUAAUAAAAUUGCUAGUUGGCUAGUAGUAUUACAGAGAAACAACCACAAAAAAUGUGUUGAAAAAAAAACUUUUUUUAUAAUUUUUUAUUUUGUAUUUUACAGGACAAAUCUGAGGGGCACGUGCCCCUGUGCCCGCUAUGGGCAUGAUGCCUUUGGGUCUUACUUUAUAUGCAAUUUAAUGUUUCUAUAAUGAUUACUAAAAACAUUAGGAACACCUGCUCUUUCCAUGAAAUAGACUGACCAGGUGAAUCCAGGGGAAAGCUAUGAUCCCUUAUUGAUGUCACUUGUUAAAUCCACUUCAAUCAGUGUAAAUGAAGGGGAGAAGACAGGUUAAAGAAGGAUUUUUAAGCCUUAAGACAAUUGAGACAUGCAUUUUGUAUGUGUGCCAUUCAGAGGGUGAAUUGGCAAAACAAAAUAUUUAAGUGCCUUUGAACUGGGUAUGGUAGUAGGUGCCAGAUACACCGGUUUGAGUGUGUCAAGAACUGCAACGAUUCUGGGUUUUUCACGCUCAAUAGUUUCCUGUGUGUAUCAAGAAUGGUCCACCACCCAAAGGGCAUCCAGCCAACUUGACACAACUGUGGGAAACAUUGGCGUCAACAUGGGCCAGCAUCCCUGUGGAAGCCUUUCAAUACCUUGUAGAGUCCAUGCCCUGACGAAUUGAGGCUGUUCUGAGAGCAAAAGGGGGUGCAACUCAAUAUUAGGAAAGUGUUCUUAAUGUUUUGUAUAAUCAGUGCAUAUGGCAUACAGUAGGCCUACCUAUAACGAUUGGUAGUAGUACAGGGAUUGUACAUGUAUUGACUAAAUGACUUGAGAAUUUUGUCCUGCAGCUUGAAGGACACAUGAACGAUCUAUGCUCACAACAUAACCUGUUGGGAAGGCUGGGACAACACUACCUUAUCACCUCCACUGUAAAAGGAAGGUUCCCAAAGAGUACAGUGACACAGCAAAGCCAGGAGGACUACCACCUGCGGCCACGCCUUAGCCUGCGCACAUUUUCCAGUUAUCGCACAUUACUCAUUCUCCUCUUACUCUACUCGCUGGGAUCUCUGUUUUCUAUUAGCCCACUGCUCAGCACAUGCCUCAUCUUAAUGGUGAGCUUUUUGUAUGGACUGUGCAUGACUGUCUACGUGGGA